AAAACCUUUGUCCAACAAUGCGUUCUUCUGAGACUUAUUCCAAACUGCAAUCUACUCAGCGAGCUUUGAAAAGUUUCUUUCGGCAAAAGGUCAGAUGUGUGGUCUCCAUAGUGAAUCCUAAAGCCAACAGCAUUCCCCGUUACAUUUUUAAUGUAAGCGAAAUAAAAGCUGCCUUGGAUUUUUCAUGCUUUCACCAGAGAAGAGGUUAAAUGUGACUUUUACUUCCCUACAGUGGUCUCGUGUGUAGUGAGAAUCCAACUUGCAGAGUGGGGAGGGGCUCUGGGAAAUCAUCCCCCAAAAGGCCUGUUUCAUAGAUGACCACAGGGCCUGAGAGACCAAGAACACCCUCAAGGUGACCCAUGCUCUGGCUGCAUAACCAUGGUUAACUAAGUGGGCAGUAAAUACAUUUCAAAAACUUAGCAGAAACAAAGUCAGCUAUUCACACAGCUCAUCCAUUUGACAUAUGAGAACCUCGAUAGAGAACUGAACUAUUUUUGGAGAGGAUUAAAUCCAUUACGUCAAAGUCUUUUGGAAUGAUAUUUCAACUUUUGCUUUUCCUAGCUGUGGUGGUGUAGAGCAAUUAGGGUUAAGUACUAAUUAUGUAGUUAUUUCCAUGCAAGUAGUUAUGUAGUUAUUUCUCUCGUAUGUUCUCUCCAGCCCACCCCUUAGCAACUUGAAAAGAAAGAAAAAACAAAAACAAAACAUAACCUAGCCAUAGUUGUUCCAUCUUUCUACAGGGCCAAGUCCAAAGUCUUCAACGUUUAGCGCCUAGGCUGUGGACCUCAACUAACUGGGUUUGAAUUCUGAUUCUAUUACUGACUAGAUACUUAAACUUGGGCGAGUGACUUGAUCUUGCAUAAGUGACUUGACCUCUGUCUUCGUUUCUUCAUCUGUAAAAUGGAGAUAAUUUUAAUACCUCUGUCCUGCAUGGAAGGUGUCAAGGGCAGUGCUUUACAUAUAGUAAACAUUUAAUAAAUGUUAGCUAUUAAUAAAUGCUCAAAAAGUUUUUAUUGAAAAAAAAAUGUGUUACGAGGAAAGAGAAUUGCCACAAAGAAGAAAGCUGUUGAUUCUUGCUCAAACCAUCCCAGCUCCUGCUGUUUCCCACAUUUCAGGAACUCUAGCACAUUUCUCAUGCUCGUGGAAGAAAAAGAGGGAAAGAAGUAACAUAGCUAGCUUAUUUUGAAAUAGCAUGACCCUACUGCCAUAUGAAAUUUGCAAAUAUAAGGCAUGGUCUGCUGCAAACAUUUAGGGUACAAAUUUAGCCACAUUACUCCACCCCUCCGAUUAAUAGCUAGAACACUCAAGCGUCCCAUUUAAAAAAAUUCAAAGUCUUCAACUUUGUGCAAGAAUCCCAGGGUCUUACUCAAUCAGAAGGGGUCAGAUCUCUUUCAAAUUCCAAGUAGAGUGAGAAGAGGCCUUGGCAUUUUAUACCUGCUGCUCCUGCCCAAAUGCUGACCAAUCUAUGGAUGGGCCCACAGAUUCCCCCGUUGGCGACCAGUCAGGGCCCAGCUCAAGCUCCUGGCUUGGUGAUUACAGCUCUGACACCAUGGUCAUAAGAUGAGCAUCUCUCUCUAGGACAUACAACUGCUGUGCUGGGCUGUGCACCUGGGCUACUGCCAGCAAAAGCCACAUGCUUCCCAGGCAACCUAGCUCUCGAUACAGACCGCAAACCCUUUCCUCAGAGCCUGGGUCAUUAACCUUGUAUUAACAUAUCGCGUCUCCCAUUAAUUACCGCCUAUUUUUAUAAUGUGUCUGCCUCCUCCUCAACUGUAUCAGUUUUUCAGGGUUGCUGGAAAAAAGCACCACAGACUGGGUGGCUUAAACAACAGAAAUUUAUUUUCUUAUAAUUCUGGAGGCUACAAGCCCCAAGAUCAAGGUGCCAGUAGGAUCGGUUGCUUCUGAGGCCUCUCACCUUGGCGUGCAGAUGGCGGUCUGCUCCCUGUGUCCUCAUGUGGACCUAUCUUCAAAGAGUCACAUUUUGAGGUACUGGGGGUAGGACUUCAAUAUUUGAAAUUUUGGGGGUGGGGGAGGGGCACAAUUCAGCCCAUAAGGCCAAUUAACUCUACUUACUUAGGGUACAGUUUUUUGUUGUUGUUUUCUUGUUUGUUUGUUUUUUGAUUCAAGAAAGGGUGAGUGGGUGGAGAGAGAGAGAAAGAGGCAGAGAGAGAGAGGUGUACUCCCGUGGAGGUCUCUCUAGAGUAGUUUUUGAGGACUGUGGGUAUCCCAUGCUUGUCUUGCUAAUACAGUCACUCAAGUGGCUGUUCAAACAUUUAAAGUGCAUCCUACUAACCUCUGAAGCCCACUGUGAAAAGAUGAUCCCAGAGCUUCUCUGGUUGACAUGGAAGUGGGGGGUCCAGACCCCCGUUACUCUCUCCUCACUGAAUUGGCUCUGACAAGCACCGUGUAAAACCUUUGGCCUGGAGAAUUCUAGAUGUCCAGGCUACUUCUGCUAUUUUUUUUACAACCACACAACUCACCAGAGUUUGAAAUGGGUUCAUAUGAUAUCGUCUGACGAUCCUUAACUUUAGAAGCAAAGCUCUGCCACUCGCAUUUAGCCCAGUUUUACUCUGAAGUCCGGAUGAGUUCCAGUGACCACACAGACAGACUGGCACUUGUGUGGCCAGCUUUAUUUUUCCUCUUUGCUUCUUUUUGGAGGUGGGCUUGUUAAUCACCCUGCUCAGCUGUGAUAUCCAAGAAAAGCUGAGAGGGGAGAGUUAGAUGCAGCCUCCCUGUGACCUGUUUGCACACACCAGGCUGAUAAGCCCAGGCAGAAUGACAGUGACAGCUGCCGGUGGCAUUCAAAGGGUUUUGAGCGGUUCAGUUCCUCAGCCUCCGGGACAAGUAUAGCAUUACAGCCUGGCUGCCCAGAGAGCAACCACCUAAACUCGCCCUCGGGGAUGGGAUGGGCCUGGCUGUUUCACGGCCACAUCACGGUGUCCUGGACACCUGCGAGACCUGACCUAGACCCUCUGUGAGCUUCCUCCGCACUGUACCGCCUGGGCGCCCUCCAGUUCUCACCUCUAUCCGCGCUCCCUGCCUGUGACAGCCAGGAAAUUAGCAGCUGGGGUAGGACACGAUCCCAACCUUUGGGUGACAGGUGGGAAAGGGUGGAAAGGAAGGUAAAUGGGAGCCAAGCAGUCAAAUGCCGGCUCCAAGGACAAGGGCUCCCCAGGGAUGGGGCUCCUGCGGAGGAGGCAGAAAUUCUCUGCGUGGGACGACGCGCUGCUCUCGGGGAAAGACCCGCGGUCCCUGCUGAAGCGGGGCAUGUGCCACAUCAGCUUCAGCCUGGUCACCAAGGGAAUGACAGACAUCCCCGAUUUUCUGUGGGGCUUGUCUGAGGUCCAGAAACUCAACCUGUCUCACAACCAGCUCCGGGUUCUGCCCCCUGAGGUGGGGAGGCUGACCCGGCUGGUGGUUUUGAACUUGUGUGGGAACCGCCUGAAGAGCCUGCCCAGAGAAAUCAGCCUCCUGAAGGGCCUGAAGGUGCUGUUCGUCAACAUGAACUGCCUGACCGAGGUACCAGCGGAGCUGAGUGCCUGUAGGAACCUGGAAGUCCUCAGCCUGUCGCACAACAGCCUCUGCCAGCUGCCUGCCAGCUUUGCCGACCUCUCCAGAGUAAGGAAGCUGAACCUCAGCAACAACUGCUUUGCUCACAUCCCUAUCUGUGUGUUUGCACUGAAGGAGCUGGAUUUCUUGCAUGUGGGCUCCAACCGCCUGGAAAACAUCGCCGAGAGCAUCCAGUGCCUGGGCAGCCUUCAGAUCUUCAUCGCUGAGAACAACAACAUCCAUUCCUUCCCACGGUCGCUCUGCCUCCUCACCAGCCUGGAGCUGCUGAACUUGAACAACAAUGACAUCCAGAGCCUCCCGGAUGAACUCUACCUGCUGUGUCGACUGGCGAGGAUUGCGUGGAACCCCAUGGACAAAGGGCUCCACAUUUCCCACAACCCGUUAUCCAAGCCUCUGCCAGAGCUGGUGGAGGGGGGCUUGGAGAUGCUCGUCAGCUACCUGAAAGACAAAAAACACAACUGAUGUCGCCACGGGGGCAGGCGCAGUAGCCCGCGCACUGAGUCUCCGUCAACUGAGUCCUUCUCUAGUCUGAGCUUUCUUUUUCCGGUCGCCUGCAUCAAGGCUUAUGUUGAUGAUAUUUGUGAAUCGUUGUGGAACACCAUCCUAGGCAAACGUUUGCGUUUACUAACUCUGUAUGUUCCUAAUAACCCCCACGAAAUCUUGCUCCUCUCAUUGUAAAGGUAAAUUGAAACAGGUCUUUGGUUUUUCUCAGAAGACCAAUAAUUGCUCUGAUUCUCCUGAGAAGCACUGGGAUUUGGACUUUGGGAUAGCGGUCGGCAGGUCUGAUUCAAUGUAAUUCAAAAGUCAAAUAUUUGCUACGUAUGUGCUGUGUGCCACGUACGGCAUCAGGCAUUGACACCGUCUGGUUUCAGCCAUUGAAUUGGCAACCUGCAGCGAAGUGGCGACAGCAAGACAGGCUCCUAUGCCUGCCUCCACCAAGCAUUAUUUGGGACCAAAGAGCAAGCUGGAACCUUGCUCUCCCGGCGGUGACAAAAACAGGCAGAGCUUUCCCUUUGAGUUCUGGUGGGGGGAACGAUCAUAGGAAAUUUAUCUCUAAAAGGAUUGUAGAGUAAUAAUCAAGCUGCUCAUGUUUACAUCUGGUGGUGAGUGACAGGGACAGCAUGAUGAUGGCUUCAGAUAAUAAAUGCAAACUGAUUUUAAUGUGCAGUUUCACUCUUCUUUCUCAAUCCUCUUGCGAGCUAUCUAGUCAGGUCCCUGAGCUUUUCUAGAGAUGUCAGCCAAUGGUUGUCAUACUUUUCUAACUUCACUUCUCCAU